AAAAUGAAAAUGAGUUAGAGAGAAGUGAGUUAGGUAAAAGUGAGUUAGAAGUGAUCAAACUCGAUAUCUCUAAGGUUAAUGAUAUUAAUAUAUUAAUUGAUGAUCUUUUAGUUGAUAAUAGCUCAAAGGUUCAACAAUUAAUACAAGAUAUUGAAAAAUAUAGUUAUUUAAUCAAUCAACCUGUUAUAACCAAAGACAUACUUACAGAUAAGAUAACUGUUACAGAAGCUGUAGAGAUGCUUAAGAAAAUUAUAAGAUAUCAGAAAGAUCUUGAAGCCGAAAAAGGAUCCAAUAAAAAUAGACUAAAAAUGUUAAGAAAAAAUCUUAAAGAAUGGAAUUAUAAAAAAGAAAAAA